GCGCAGCGCAGCAGGCAGCAUACGCCGGUGUAGCCGACUUCGGUCAGACUGGCGAGAGGGGCGCGUUAUUUCUUAUUCUUCAACUCUCCAGUUGCUGGCGAUCUCUUUAUAGCAGGUCAAAGUUGAAAGGUUGGCGAAGGAUAGUUUAAUCUCCGCACGUAACAUCAUGGCGGAAGCCUUGCUCGGAAACAACAAUCACGUCCCGAUAUUGUUCUCCUACUCCGUUUUUUCGAGGCCUUCGUCGGUGCCCCUCGGUUCUGGAUACGAGGUCCUCAUCCAGAAGUUUCUGUCCAUGUAUGGGGAGCAACUGGAUGUGCACCGCAAGUUUGUCAUCCAGCUUUUUUCUGAAGAGUGGGGGCAGUACAUCGAUUUACCAAAAGCCUUCGUAGUUGUUGAAAAAUGCAAACUGCGACUGGUGCCUCUGCAGGUGGAAAUCACAACACUUGGAAACCUUUCUUCUUCAAGCACAAUUUUCUUUUGCUGUGAUAUGCAAGAAAGGUUCAGGCCUGCAAUCAAGUACUUUGGAGAUAUUAUAAGUGUUGGACAAAGACUUCUUCAGGGUGCCCGCUUAUUAGGAAUUCCAGUAAUUGUUUCUGAGCAGUACCCCAAGGGACUCGGCAGUACAGUCCAGGAGCUCGAUCUCACGGGAGUCAAGUUUGUCUUUCCUAAAACAAAGUUUUCUAUGGUACUGCCUGAAGUGGAAACCACACUUGCAGAGAUUCCUGGACUUCGGAGUGUUGUCUUAUUUGGUGUUGAGACACAUGUAUGUAUCCAGCAAACCGCAUUGGACCUUAUUGGCAGAGGGUUUGAAGUUCAUAUAGUGGCUGACGCUACCUCUUCCAGAAGUAUGAUGGACAGAAUGUUUGCCCUGGAGCGUUUAGCUCGCACUGGAAUAAUAGUGACCACAAGUGAAUCGAUACUUCUGCAGCUCAUUUCGGAUAAAGAUCACCCUAAAUUCAAAGAGAUUCAGAAUCUCAUCAAGGCAAGCGCCCCAGAGUCGGGAUUACUUUCCAAAGUUUGAGCUCGCUUCAACAGCUGGAAGAUGAAACUGCCUUCAUCGUCAACUGUUCAACAAAGCACUAAAAAGAGAGGUUUUGACAACUGUUUGCAAGUAUUUCCACAGGAGCUGUCAGGUUGUGCCACUGUCUUAUAUGUUGUCACAGUGUUGUCAAAAAUUAAGAAGUUCUGCAGAGUUUCUGUUAUAAAAAUGUAAAACGUUCAGGUGCCUAGCAUUCACAGAACAAUAUUGAUUGUAACUGCUUCUGAAGUCUAAUAUUUGUACACUGCAAGCAAUGUUGUGGAAAUUUGUCCUUUUUUUUUUUAAAUCAGACAUUUUUAUCAGACAGGCAAGUGUGUCUGCAACAUUAUAAAAUGAUAAGGGAAAUGUUUAGCACAAUUAGCAGACAGACUUAAAGUGAACACUUAGAAACAUUGUUUCCAUUUGUUGUUUUCAUUAUGGGAAAGUAUGUAUUUAUGCUUAAAUAGUUUCUGAUUCUACACAGUAUAGAGUACUGUUAGAUUACUAUGUUAUGGAGUCCUGCUGUGCUGACACGAGGCACUUCCAUUUCUGAACACAUACCCUCUUGUCUGUUUUGCUUAGUUCUUCAGAUAAUUAUAUGAGGUAAUAAAUGCUACUUUUUAUCAUUCA